AUGCCGAAGAAAUUUGGGACAAAUACAAAAUCCCAGGAGGCUCGGGAAAAGAAGGAGGCCGCUAAAGAGCUCCAGAAAGCGAAAGAAGCCAAAGCAGAAGAAGACGCCUACUGGGAAGACAAUGAUAAGCAUGUUAACCGUAAACUUCAACGCAAGGAUGAGAGAGAAGCCAAACGAGUGGAGGCGAUGAAGAGAAGACAGGAAUUGAGGAAACUGCAUGACGAAGAAAUGAAGAGUUUGCAGGGUGCCAGUGCAAAAACCCCAGCUUCUAACCCGAAUAAGUUGACACAAGCGCAGAUCGCUGCUGCUAGGGCGAGACUCAAUGCUCAGUUAGCUGCUCUAGCGCCUAAAAGGGAUGUUGACAACCUAGCUCCUCUAACGGAGAAUCCGAAUCGCGUUGCCGAUGACGUGAUUGAGGCAAGAACGGUUGAAGAUGCUAUUAAGGCUCUAAAUGUAACAGGUGACAGCCCCACAGAGAAACAUCCAGAGAGGAGACUGAAGGCAGCCUAUUUGGCCUACGAGGAGAAGAUGCUGCCCGAGCUAAGGAGGGAGUACCCCGGAAUGCGACACUCACAGCUCACCCAGAUGAUCUUCAAGAGCUUCCAAACCGCGCCGGAGAACCCCAAGAAUCAGGCUCAUAAGCAAUACAAUGAAAAGUGA